UACAGUAGUAGUGAUUCCAGAUCGUUUUCUUUCCGUCCCAUCACGAGUUAUCAAGCUAGGCACGAGCAACCUUGCGAGAGAGCGGCUUUCGGGGGGACGGGGACGAGAUUCGCCUACCCAAUACGUUUCGCUGCGACUGCGACGGCGGUCGUCGUUCCGUGUAAGUACGGUACCGAGUUAAGCUGCAUCUUUCCAACAACCGUUUCGGUCAUUGUCGAUGUUCCUGGUGAUCCUGCCUCAGGAGGAAUGGUCCGACUUUUAAGAAAAGCUUGUACCUGAGCUCAACGGAGCUUCCACUAACGGAUAGCCUGCGUUGGAUCGCAUUGCAUCAGGCGUGGCCUCACUAGUGGAGCGGCCAGUGGGAAGAGGUGUGGGGAAUCGUUGCCACUUCCAACGGCGGAUCAAUAGGCUUUAACAGCAGCAGCAGUUGCAGCAGCAGCAGCAGCAGCGGUCUGGUGCCUCUACCACCACCGUUUCCGACUAAACAAGAAGGUAUACAGGACGACAAGCUUCUGGGGACCGAGGAGGAGGAGGAGGAGGAGGAGGAGGAGGAGAGGAGCAAGGAAGGGGCCAUGAAGACCCCUGAGGAGAUACAAGCUGAGGAGGUGGCUCGUCUGCUCGAUCCGCGGCGGCUGACGCUGUUUAUAGCGGGGAUAGCGACGCUGGUGGCGAGCAACCUCUGUGUGAACCUCAUCGGCCGCCACACGCGCGACUGGACCAAGCCGCGCGAGCAGCGCGCCAUCAUGGCCAUUGUCGGCCUCGCGCCCAUCGUUGCUCUUGACUCGUACUUCGGGUUGGCGGAGAUGCCUGGAUUUGAGUGGCAGGUGGCGCUGCUGCAUGUGCUCAGAGACUCCUACGUCGCAUUCGGCGUAUCUGAGUUCCUCGCUCUUCUCUUCGCCUAUCUCCAAGUCCCUCACCAGCCCACAGCCCCUCUCCCCCACGCCGCCUCUCGCCGCAUGCUGCAUCACUCCUUCCCCUUCACGCUUUUCCUGCGUCCCGAGGUGCGAGCCAAUCGCGCAACGCUGAAUCGUCUCUCGCAGUGGAUCCGCCAGCUAGUGCGCCUGCUCCCAGUCCUCUCCCUCCUCUCCUGCCUCCUCCACCUUCAAGCCUCCCUCCUCCUCUCUCCCCCCGUCCACUCCGCUCUCUCCUGGCUCCUCACCCUCUCCCAGCAUGCAUCGCUCUAUCUGGCUGCCUAUGCCCUGCUGCUGCUCUACUACACAUUUGAGGAUCAGUUCGCUCCGUUCCAUGCCUUGAGCAAGUUUCUAUGCCUGGUGCCGCUUGUGUUCCUGCCGUACUGGCAAAGUGUGGUGGUGGAUUUGUUGGUGGGGUAUGGGAGGAUUCAGCCGCACCAGUUGCCGUACACGCCGAGGAAUGUGGAGCAAGCAGUUAAUCAUUUCCUCAUCUGCUGCGAGAUGCUCCCAGCUGCUGUCGCCCUGUGCUAUGCCUUUCCGGAAUCCGAGUACAGCUUAGAGCGCAGGCAGAGAGAAAAUCAGGAGGACGGGGUCAAUGCAGAUUGAGGAAUUUAUUAGUUGCUCGUGUAUGGUAAUUUGAGGGGUUCACUGUAAUUGUGUCAUUGAACACUGACCCAGAGGAACUUUUGAGUUUCUAGUUGUGUAGAACGGACAUGGGGUGUAAGGAAAUUCCCUUUUCCUAACUGGGCUCGACUACAGCGCGUACGCCCUCAACUCUCGGAAGUCCAGGCUCGGCCAACUUCUUAGGUC